AUGUCGCGUACAGAUUUCCAUGACCUCCAGGGGUUCAAUGGGCUCCAUGGGCUCCAUGAUGGGCUAAGAAGCCCCGAUGCAGAGUCAUUGCGCUCAUUCACCGAGACAAUCCAAGACGAAUACCAUGAAUGGGUCAGCGAGUCUGGUCGAAUUUCGCGAACUGAUCAAUUACUGGACAAUUUCCCCCAACCACCAAGGUCGGAAAGCUUAGAUGCGAUUGAAGAGGAAGAGAUGGAAGUGUAUCCCACACCAAAACCUUCUAUCAAGAACCUGCGUCGCCAUGCGACGGCCAAUGAUCUCCCUCUUCUACAACAAAUCAACCCGAAUGAGGGAGCGCCAGAGUUUAACCCUGUCAGCGAAGAGAACGGCUCAUAUGAUCUGAUUGCGCCCUACGACGGCGGCGAUUUACCACUAUACAAGCUGGAACGAAUUGCAGACAUCAUGUUCUCGUCCGAGCAUAUGCUCACAAUCCUAAACAGUCCCCGGUAUCUAGCUCGGUUUCGGGAUUUUCUUCUCGAAGAACGCCCGCGCUCGAUUUCUACCCUCACAUACUAUCUCAAUGCCUGCAAAGCGCUCAAGGCAAUUCAAUAUGCUAAUGCGCUCGUCCGUCUCUCGGUCGAUGUGCCCCCUCCAGUGGUUCAGACAGACGGGGAAGCCGCUGGGGUGACGGUGAACCGGGUUUUAGAGCAGCGCGUUGUAGACGGGUUGUUAGCUCUCACUGCCGAGGAACUCCCUGCAUUCAUAACGUCAAGAUGUAUCACCAUCACAAGCAAGAUUGUCGAGCAGCGAAUCCGAGGAAGUUUGCCAAUGAAGUUCCGCGGGACUUCGAAUGCGCUGGCAGAAGUAUUUUGCUUGACGGACCCAUCGCGACCUGAUAAUCCAAUUAUUUUCGCAUCGGAGGAGUUCCAUAGAACAACACAGUACGGCAUGGAUUACGUACUUGGUCGAAAUUGUCGCUUCUUACAAGGCCCAAAGACAAAUGCGAACAGUGUUCGUCGUCUUCGCGAAGCUAUCCAUGCUGGCCGGCAUCACUCGGAGAUGUUUCUCAACUAUCGACGCGACGGCUCUCCAUUCAUGAACCUCCUCCAGUGCGCCCCACUAUGCGACAGUCACGGCCGUGUCAAAUACUUCAUCGGCGCACAGAUCGACGUCUCAGGACUCGCAAUGGAGGGAGCCUCGAUGGAAUCCUUGAUGGAACUACAGCACAAACACCGCGAUCCCGAUGAGGACAGCAUCGCCGAGCCACCAGAACCAGAAGAGAAGGAUGAGUUCCGGGAACUCACUGAACUGUUCAGUCCGCGGGAACUCUCCGCCGUUCAACAGCAUGGUGGACACCUAUUCCAGCCUGCGAAAAACAUGACGUCCCCGCAUCAUCCACGAUCGUGGUUGCAGCCGGAUGUAUCGCUCGAAAGAGAGACUGAAGCGGUUCGUCUACAGGAUAUUAAAUCUCCCUUUUCCCGGAUGUCAUUUGUGGGCGUGUAUGAGAAUUAUCUCCUCGUUCGUCCCUAUCCUUCCCUCCGGAUUCUGUUCACAUCACCCGCCCUGCAGAUCCCCGGGAUGUUGCAAUCACCCUUCCUAUCGCGUAUUGGCAGUUCCUCGGCAGUAAAAGAUGACCUGCUACAAGCUAUGAAGGUUGGUCGUAGUGUCACUGCGCGUAUCAAGUGGGCGACGCGAUCCAAUCCCGAUGGGCGCAAUCGCUGGGUCCAUUGCACGCCUCUACUCGCGAGUAAUGGUCAAGUGGGUGUUUGGAUGGUUGUAGUUGUGGAUGAUGGGUGA